CAGAGCAGCAUCCUGCAGGGAAGAGCCCUCCCAGAGCCACCAUGCUCACUGCAAGGACAGUCCUGCUGCUCGUGCUGCUCCUCAGCCUCUCCCCAUGCUCCAGGGCAGGUCCUUACUCUCCAUCUGAGUGCUGCUUUGGCCACAUGAAGCGCCCUGUCCGCCUGGACAACCUGCUGGGCUUCUACUCAACUCCCAGGGAAUGCUAUUCCCCAGCAAUUGUGUUUGAGACCAAGAAGGAAGACAAGGUCUGUGCAAACCCAGAGGACAAGUGGGUGAAGAGAGCAGUUACAGAGCUUAUGAAAAGGAAAGGGCUUCGUGUCCCGUGAUGCAGAGUGGGUGCCCUGGCUCAGGCUACCCAACAUCCUGGUGGGAAGGAAGGUUCCAGUCCCUGUGAGCUCCCAGGAAGGGCUGUGGAUGUUCCAGCUGCUGGGAGAGGGCACUGACCCCCCAGAGCCCUGCACUGCAUCCA